CUUUUUCCUUCCCUAGUGAACCCCACUAUCAAUUGCAUCACAGGUCCCGUUACACAAGCUCACGAGGCUCACCUUCCUCGACCUCACUUACUGCCAUUGUACAACUCUUUGGGCAACGGAUUCCAUUUCACCUUAGUUCCGUCUCAUACCUUUUUUUGUUUGUCCUCGAACUCGGAAUACAGCAGUCGUUUCGAUCCCAUCCCGGGCUGACCACAUCCCUUCAACAAGCUCAACCACACCACCACACUUUUCCUCCAAUAGAGGUAUACAGCUCAUCCUUACAAAUAACCAGACCUUUCUCUACUCGGUUCAUAUACACCUCCAAACCGGCAAAGUCGCCAAGUCACUACUUCCGUACUUAGGGCAACGUCAACCCCAACCUCAAAAAAAUGACAUCCAGAAACAUCCCCCCUCUCCUAGAACCUUACCUCGCGAUUCAGCCGUCCCAAUCCCAAUCCCAAAUCCUCCUAACAGGCAUCCUCGGCGCCAACACCAACUGGCUCCUCCUCCGCUACCUUUACACCUUGCUCAAAUCCAAGUCUUCACAAACACAACGACCACAACCACAGCCCCAAGGCCAAAGACGUCUAGGCCUCCGGAUCCCGGUAGCUGCUGAGCCGGAAUUGGAGCUACGUGCCACUCCAACAACUCCCGCACAAAAUGGAGAUAACGAGGAAGGUGAUGAAAGUGUGGGAGUACUGCUGGUGAGCUUCCUCCGCGACUUUGCGUUUUGGAAGGAGAGCGCGGGAAGGCUUGGACUGGAUUUGGAGGGCUUGGGGAGGAGGGGGAAGUUGGGGUUUGUUGAUGGGCUUUGCUGUGGCGGGGGUGGUUCUGGUUCUGGUUCUGGUUCUGAUGGGGAGGGUGCUGGUGGUGGUGGGCUGCCGGUGAGAAGACCUCCUGUGCCUUCGGUUGGAGGAGCAGUAGGAGGAGGAGCAGUGCCAGGACGUGGACCACCACCAGCAGCACGACCUGCUCCGGCAACAGCCGGGGGAUCGUCUUCGUCACAAGGGCCGGCCGGAGGAGGAGAAAAGUGGAAGCGCUCUCUUCCCAGCUUGGCGGUGGCAGAUGUGAGCAAGACGCUACACUCUGCUCUGGAUGAGCUGUGCCAGAAGAACAAGAAGGUUGUGCUGGUUAUUGACCAGCUUGACUUUUUGCUGGCUGCUACGUCGGAUGGGAUUGGGUCGGUUUCAUCGGCGUUGAAGGACUUGUUGUUGGAUCUCAGAGAGAAAUCACAUGCUACGAUCCUCACUUUGUCUGCCGACGACCCAUUGAUCGCUUCGCAGGCUACCACGCUGGAAAAGGACCACGCCUCCUUCGUUUUGUCGUUGGCGCAUGAGGCAGAGAUGAUUGUUAGUCUUAGACUUCUUGAUACUGGCAUCGCGAAGGAUGUGAGUGGUGUGGUCAGGAUUACGCGUGGCGGAGACUGUUGCGGCGAGAGGCAGAUCGAGGAAAAGGAGUAUCUGUAUCAUGUCGGAGGAGAUGGUGGCGUUCGGGUCUUUGAAAGGGGGCAGUAAAUAACUGGUAAACAUUAGAUUCCUAGCAUUGAAAUGAUAACCAUCACACAUCACGUCAUAUUCGA